ACCACACUUAAUUAAAGAUUAAUUAGAUAUUGUCAUAAUGGAAGAUCAUGUGUCUAAAACAUUUUUUAUUACCAUAGUUAUUGUAUGUUUCUUACUCGUUUCAUUCGUUUAUGUUUACAAUCAUCAUCCAUUAAGAAGAUUUAUAAAUUCAUCUGAUAUUACACCUCAGAAACUGUGCCAACUUUUAUAUGAAGAUCGUAGGAAGCCUCCAGAAGCAUUUACAUAUGAUAGACAACCUGAUGGCAAGUAUGUCAUAUACAGGUUAGAUUAUAGUGAUGGUAGUUAUAGACGUUAAUUGAAGAUCUUCCUGUGGAUGUUGAUGGCUUUGAAUGGUUAUCCAAAAAGAAGGGGAGAAGCAGAUAUAACUGUGACUAAGACUGGUUUUAAAGUAGCUGGUCUUGAAGCUGAAUUUAACUGUCCACCUAGGUGGUCUUGGAGUUCAGAACAAGGGAAAUGUAUUGCAGACCCUCUUUGUUCAGAGUACAAUAAUAGUGUAAUACCUUUAUUAAAUACUCGCUACAGUGAAAUUGCAAAUCCUGCUAUCACCAUACAUACCCCAUUAACAAGUAACCUGAUACACCAAAGACUGUACAUCGAAUGUUCAAAAGCUGAGAAGAAGCCAAUCAUUAAAUCAUGUUCUGAAAAUACCUUUGUCAAGAUAUCCCAAGAACCAUAUGAUGAGAGUAAAUUAUCUCCCAUUCUUCCUCUAGAAAAUGGAGAAGCAAAUGUGAAUGCAAUAUGCAAGAGAUUUGAUGUAUGUGAAAACCGUGAAGAUAAUAGUGUACAUCGGUUCUUAACAUCUGAGUCAGAUGAGCCAUUAGAACAAGAUGAAUAUUACAUCUGUAAAGAUGGCAAGAGUGAGAAAAGAAAAUGUGGACUGAAUCAUAAAGUUAAUCCUAACUUAGAACAUGCUGCAGGUCUUAUAUGUAUACCAUUGAACCACUGUGAUACUAAUCAUGAUUUUUAUUUCCGUAUUAAUAAUGACUCUUAUGGUUAUUGUCGAGCCCACGUUGAAUACAUGGUUUCAUGUGAUGGAAAAGGCAUAUUCUACAUGCCUAAUAAAUCUAUAGAAUGCAGAAAUGAGAAAUGCCUAGGACCUAAUAAAAUACUUAUCUACAAUGAUCCUAUCUUCAAUUAUUCCUAUGGCAUAGAAUCAUGUUUUGAUGGAAAUUCGCCAAAGAAAAUAAGUUGUGAUGAAAUGUUUAAAGAACUUCAACCAGUUUCAACGAUUUCCAACAUUGCUUUCCCUCGAACGGAGAUUAAUCGACCACCUGAACUUGGUAGAAGUCUAAAAGAAUACUUUGAAGAUCACGAAAUUCUAGUACCAACCAAGUUUUAUUAUGACCAAGAUACAGAAAAGUGUGAACUAUUCAAAUCAGACAACAUUAAACAAUUUUUGAUAGAUAAGAAAAUGAUUAAAGAUGACGCUGUAAUUUACAAAUCUACUUCACAUGGAAUGAGAAGUUUGCCUUUUAGACUGAGAGAUGAUGUAAUGAUGUUAAACCCUAAAGAUUUAGGAUUCAGCGAUGUUGAAAAAGUAUAUGCUAUUUUUAAUGGUAAAGUUUAUUGUACUGGAGAAUUAAAUGAAGGAACUAUAUGGAAUGAUAACAGCAAAAACUUUUUCUCAUUUAUAUCUCCAAUUGAAGUGGAACCCAAACCAAUUGAUGAGAGAAUUAAAAUUUUAGAUUACGUUUACGAUGAAAUUGAUGGUGUUUAUUAUGGUUUGUGCAUAAAAUAUCAUAAAAAAUUAUUAAUAUUGGAUAGCACGAGAAAUAUUCUUGAUGUUUUUCGUCGAAGUUUGACUGAAUUUGAAAAUAAAGAAACUAAUGAAGUUAUUUCUUCAGCAUCAGUUGAAAGAUAUCAAAUUGAUUAUAAAAAUCUCAUAUCGAAAAAAAUAUUAUCGAAAAAUUUUCCAGAAGAUCAGUUUUCAUGGAAUAAUUUAUUCGUCGGGAAAUAUUUCUAUGAUAAAGAGAAAAAUCAUUUUGUCAUCUGGCAUGACCAUUUGUUUGUUAUUUCAGUGUUAAAACGCAAUUUGAUUGUCAAUAGAAUUACAGAUAACAAUGGUCAAUUCAUUGUAAGUAAUUUUCCCUCUGGGAUUAUUUCUGGUAUUUAUCGUGAUGAUAAUGAAAAAGUAAGCACUUGGAAUGAAACUGCUUUAGUAACAACAUUUAAUUAUUUUGGGGAUUACUUUGACUCUCCAGCUCCAUUUUGGUUGUCAUUUAUCGAUAUACCAGUAAGAGAUUUAACUGACAAAAAUGUUUUAGAUUAUUUACGUAUUGAUUAUCCACUGUUAAAGAAAAUUGAUAUUGGAAAAGUAUUGAUGAGUAUUAUCACAAUGAAACCUUUACAUCUAAAUAUUGAUGAUUUCGAAGCUUAUAGUCUUGUCAAGAAUUAAUUGAAUGAUUGAUUGCUUAUUACCGACAAAUAUUAAUGUGCAUUAAUUAAUUUUUAAA